AUGAAUCGAACCAAGGUCACUGUUGCAUGUCAAGCUUGCCAGAAGAAGAAGGUCAAGUGUACAGGUGUCGCCCCCUGCACUAAUUGCGAGAGGACCAGAAAUCAUUGUGAAUUUACCGGAAAUGCCAAAAAACGUGGCCCCAGAAAUGGCACUGUUGAGGUGAUCAAAAGCCCAGCAAAACGAAUAGAAAACGCUCUGAAAAAGGAUCCGAGUCUCAAAGGCACAUUUGAUGAUUUGUUGGCAAAAAAAAAUUUUUGUCAACCUAUCCGUUCUGCGAGACCAGCUUCAGUUACACCUACCAAUGCCUCAAUAGUGAUAAUCGAUGAUGAUACGGACACUAUUCAAUCGAUGUCUGCAUACACAAAUGCUCCGAGGAAUUAUUCUAAUUUCUCGCGACAAAGAAAUGCCACUAUUAAUUUAAAUGCAUAUCCACGAGACGAUGUUUCCGCCGAGAUGCACCAAGGAUUCGGACGUGAGUUUGACACAGCCACAACAAUCUUGAGGCGACCGGUGCCCGUAUACCCUCCAGUUAUGCAGAGAAAUCAUGUGACCAACGGGAUUUACCUCUCGGACACUUAUCAAGAUUCAUCGCAUGCGGACAUUGAUACUGCACAUUCUCUUCCACCAAUAACAUCCUUCGAAUCAUUCCCCUCGCCGCCAAAAGACCAUAUAUUGCCCGGAAACCCUUCCGAAUUUCCAAGGCCUCAUCCAGGUUUGGGUUCCUUGCCAACAAUAUCCUCCGAACACUUGACAUUGCCACCGCCAUGGACUCUCCCCCCCAAAAAGCCAAUGUCCAUGCCAAUAUUCGAUUCUCCUUCAGGAAUGCCGAUUUUACUUCCUCCUGCGCCAGAUGUAGGCAACCCUUUAAAUAAUAGGUCGAAAUAUAUUACACCCCGAUUUGACGAUUCGAAGAACAUGACCUUGAAAGCGAACAUGAGUAACGAUUAUCAUCUGUCACAAGAUAUUGAUUUUCACACCGACAAACCCUUCUCUGCGGCAACGACUUUUCCCUCUCCCACCUUAUUAUCCCCGAAAUCAAAUCCGCCGCCAAAAAUUGAAAAAUCAAAUAAUACCUUGAACAAUUUUAACCCACCCACGCCAGCUUGUUCGCU